UUUCCACCCCUUCCCGCCUGCAAGUCUCGUCGCGGGAGUUCCGAGUAGGUCCUUCUUUGGAAGUCCGGGAAGAGGAAUCCUCAUUCCAUUCCGUUCCAUUUUUGUGGUUUGGAGGAGACUUGGCUGGUGCUGAAGCUGAUAAAAAGCUCAAUGACAUGGAGGUUUGGAGCAAAGAGGACCUCCUGGAAAGAACAGCACAGACCAACCUCCAUGGCGAAUUCCUCAGCCCAGAGGUUCAGUGCCAGCAUUUCCGAGAUUUCUGCUACCAGGAGGAUGAAGGUCCCCGGGCGGUUUGCAGCCAACUCCAUCGUCUCUGCCGCCAGUGGCUGAAGCCAGAAAAACACACCAAGGCAGAGAUCCUGGACCUGGUGAUCCUUGAACAGUUCCUGACGGUCCUUCCAGCAAAGAUGGGGAUGUGGGUCAGAGAAUGUAGGCCGGAAUCCACUUCGCAGGCCGUGUCCCUGGCGGAAGGUUUCUUCCUGAGUCAGAGGGCGUAUAAGAAGCAAGCAGAGCAGCUGGCACGAGAAACUCCAUCAGACCCAACAAGGAGGCAUCUCCGCCUGAAGAAUACAAAGGAAAAGAGCGGAGGAUCUGCUCUACGAGACUUUAGAACCAUGCUGGGGACGGAUUCUCACUCAUCUCUCCUUUGUGGAGGAGCGGAAAUAGCGCAUAUGCAGCUGGAACAGCUCCAAGGGGGGCUGAAGGCAGGUUGA